GAGGACAAACUUCCCAGGUAUGUUCCAACAUUUAGUCAAAUGAUGCAAAUCUUAAAUUUAUUUCCAAAUUCUCUAACAGCUUACAAUAAUUCUACAGUAUAUCCGAACUAUGCACCUAUAAUGUUAAUAAUAAUUAAUAUCAGUAAAAAGUUUGAGCAUUGUGGAUUAGGUAGUUAAACAAAUGAAAGAAGUAAUUGGUAAGUCAAAAUGGUUUGAAAUUAUGCCAAAAUCUUGUAAUGUACCUAAGAUAUAUGGUAAGAUAAAAUUGCAUAAAGAGGGAUAUCCAAUAGGACCGAUUGUAGACUUCAGAAACACACCAACGUAUAUGCUAUCCAGAUUUCUCUCGACAAUACUAAGACCGACAAGAGACAACUCAAAAGCUAGAAUAGUAGAAUCAUUUGAAUUAGUGAGGCGAAUAAAAACCACUAAAAUAGAGGAGGAAGAAAUACUAGUUAGCUUUGAUGUAAACAGUCUUUAUACGAAAAUACCCAUUCAAAUGGCCAUGAUUGCACUGAAAGAGAAACUAAAUGAAGAUAAUGGCCUGAAAGACAGAACACAGUUAUCCGUAGAAGAAAUAAUAAAAGGGGUAGACUUCUGUCUGACAACAUAUUUCACAUUCGAAGGAAAAAUAUACCAACAAAAUGAGGGAGUAGCUAUGGGAUCGCCUAUCUCACCAAUUAUAGCUGACAUAUUCAUGGAUUAUUGGGAGGAGAAUGGCCUUAAACCAUUCAGAUCAUCACUAAAAUGUUGGUGUAGAUAUGUAGACGACACACUAGUAAUAGUGAAAAAAACGAUACGGAGAAACUUUUCUCACACAUAAACAGACACGUCGACUCAAUAAAAUUCACUAUGGAAUUAGAGAAUGAAAUUGGAGAACUGCCCAUGUUAGAUUGCAAACUAUAAAGAAUGACAGAUGGUAGCAUAAAAACAACGAUAUAUAGAAAAGCCACACAUUCUGGAAGAUUCCUUGAUUAUUACUCAGCUCAUCCACUCACGGUAAAACGAGGAUUAAUACAAGGUCUUGCAGA